CUUCCGUAGUAAGGUGGAGUUACCACGUGACACAGCACAGUUCCUGAAAAACAAAACAAAUAACAACCGAACCGCAAACGAAACUACCGUAGCAUGUCGCCGCUUGCAUCAGAUGUUUUCUUUAUCUUAAUGACAUGAGAAACAAAACAAGGACGUCGGAGAUGCUGGUAGAUCCAUCCAUGUCGAAGUAGACUGCGUGACGAACAAACAAGCCGAUUCCCGUUAGCAUCAUAGAUUAGCCUUAACUAUCGUAUUUUUUUUCUUCUGGUACCUCUUAUGUCAUCUUCUAUGUCUACCUUGUGAAGUAGACACGCCGGCGAUUGCCUUCUUAAUUGUGGCCAACGACCUUCUAAAAAUAUUUGUCCUGUCGGUGUUUAUCUUGUCAACACAGCCUGACACUUGCUGCUUAUCAAAGAAAAAAAAACGUCGUUUGCAUCUUUGAACGAUGGGUUGUUGUCAGGAAAGUGUUUAUUGGGGAUGUUGUGACACGGCUUAAAGAUGGAAGCUGUGCGGCCCAAGAAGACCAAACCAAAACUGGUCAGGAAGCACAAAAGAACAGAAGACAAGAUAAUUGCUGCCCCCACAGCCGUUUGUGAUGAUUCUUCCACCUCUGAAUUCAUCAGCAUCCCCUUAUGCCUCCCACACCAAGAACCACAAGAGGAAAAGCAUGAGCCCACUCUUAUCUCCGAGACUAAAGCUCAGGCAUUAGAUCCGCAUGCAGAGUCCCAUGAGAUCACAUCAUCACAAACUGAAUUAACAUCAGCAUUAACUGAGACAUUACAACCCGCUCCAGGUUCAUCACAUACAGCACAAGCCUCAGUGCAACAGAUACAACAGAAAGAAAACAAGGGCGCAAACGUGUUGGUGUCCGAGCUUGGGGGCACAUCUCAAGCGUCGUGUGUUUCAACAAAUUUUGACAUCAAACAUGUCCCAAGCGCCCCUUCACUAUACCCAUCUGUCCCGGCACUGGAGGAGGGAUCCUUGCUAGAGCUUCACAGAGAAGCUGUAAAGAAUUGUGGGAAAGGACCUGCAGUUUUAGCCCUUGCCGAGCAGGAAUCUUCUCCUCCUAGUUUGCAGCCUCUGCAGUCUGUUGCUGAACUUUCCAAAAACAAACUCUAUCCUGAAUUGCCAAGAACCACAACAGAAGUUCAGCCAUUCUCUUUGGAGCAGCUGAGUGUUUGGGAGCCUGGAGGAGGGUUGCGAGCUUGGCUCGAAGGCGUUGAAGCAUGCACAACCCAGUUCUGCGCGCUGGCUCGACAGGAGAACCACGAAUUAGCUGAACUCCUGCAGAACUACUGGCGUUGUCGCAGACAACUGACUCAGUCUCACGCGCAAUUGCACACACAGUCGUCCGACUGUAAAAGCACUCAAAAUCGCCUGUGGAGCUUCAGAGAUGAACAGUUAACACUCCAGGGUGUGUGCGCAGAUCAAUCCAAAGUGUGUGGAUACCAUCGCUUCCAGCAGGCAGAGUUCAAUCAGAGCGUGCUGGCUGAGCUGAACAAACUUUUUGAACUUCGCAGUGAACUGCUCCAUCAGAAGGUGGCCUUACAUGCAUACACUGCUUCGCUGUCUCGCCUCCAGGUGGAAUCGUACUUGUACCGCCUAUUAAAAGAUUGCUCAGCUAGCCAAAGACAGCCCUGCUCCAUUCAACCAUUGAAAGACGCCAUCAGUGUCCUCUUUAGCUUCACAAGAAGAGUCCUUGAUGACACACAGUUUCAGGCAGACAUCCAUCACUGGUUGGAAAUACUGGUGGCAGUGUUGCUGCAUGUUGGAGGACCUGGAGAGCAUUUGUUUGUGUUGUGUCAUCUGCUGUGCUGUCCUGCUGGGGUGGGCAAGUGGGCUGCCCCUUUUCUGCAGAUUGAAGUAUGGGAGAACACCUGUGGCGUGCAGGACUUCAUGCAAGCGUUAGCAAUUCUAAUGUCGCCUGCUCGACACCGCGCUGAGUUUUUGAGUCAUAUGAAACCAUGUGAGAGCCUUAAUUCAGCUUCAUCUGGACCUGAGUCAGGCAACUGGACGCUUGUGGAUGAAGGAGGAGAGGAGGAUGAAGAUCCAGAGAGCAGUUGGAUGCUGCUGUGUGAAGACGACCUUGUCACCUUUAUGUCCCAGUUUCCGUUCGGGCAGCUCUAUUCACACAUGCUGGGAAUGAGCAAGCAUGGUGUCUACGAGCCUCAGGGGUACUCCAGUCAGAAGAUGAUGCGUGUGUUUGCUUUCGCUUCCUCGCUUAUUGAAAUUCUCGCCAUUGGCUUACAAACCUAUAACAGGGCUAGAUACAGACAGUUAGUGAAACGAAUCGGACGCAUCAUACGGAUGACACUGUGUUACGUCAGUGAUCACUGGGCACAAUAUGCAAGUGUGACUGGUACCAGUGGAUCCAGCUCUCAUGUCCACUCUCUGCCUCUGGAAAAGCUGCAGGUGGAAUACGAUCAUCUUUUCCUCAGGGCUGUUCUUCAUGUCCUCAAAAAUAAGAGGUUGGGGAUUUGGUUAUUCAUGUCUGAGAUGCCGUACGGGACUUUGUCCAGCUCCAUGCUUUGGAGAAUCCUUUAUGUGAUGCAGUGUGCCGAAACAGCAGGAUUGGAAACUCUAAGUCAUUCUAGUGACGCUCAAUCCUGCAUUCAGGCUCUAAGAGAACCAGAACACCAGGACAGGUUUGAGCUGUGGUUGUGUGAGGUGAACAGCUCUGAUGGCAUCUCCCUCCUGACUGCACUGGCGCACAUGGCCACACCCACUCAGUACUCGGAUCCUGCCUUCGUCACAACCGUCACUUUGCUUAUCUACCAGGUGUCCUACGUGAGCAUGUCCACCAGAGAAAUCUAUUCUAAAGUUGGAAGAGAGUUGUUGGCUACAAUAGCAUCGGCUCAUCCCUACAUUAUCUCUGUGCUUCUGGAGAGGUUGAGAGAAACCAUCCAAGCUGUGGGCAUGGUGGCACUCUACUUGUGUAAAGAGCUUCCUCUGAGCUUGUGGCGUCCAGAACCAGAGGAGAUAUGUGUGAUCGGAGCGUGGUUGCUCCAGCACCCUCUAUCGGCUGUGGAGAAUCGUCUGGCAUGCGUUAUACUGGAGGGUCUGAACUGGGGAUACUCAGAGGACGGAUCCUUGGCUUUGUCAUCAUCACUCCACAGUAAGGUGGCUCUGCUGGUUGCUGAGGCCUAUCAAAAGUACCUGACUGACAAACCCUACAGUGGCCUGAUAUCAGAAGGGAUUAAACAGGUGUCUUAUCUUGCGAGUGUCCUUCGCUUAGGCGUGUCCCCUGAAGCGUCUUUCAGUCAAUGGGCGUGGCAGCUUUUACUAAGGCUAAAGCUUCAUGCCAAUGCACAGAACCCAAAAGGGGCCUGGUCAGUACCUGCUUUAGUGUCGGUACCGCCUGCGGAAUUAACACAUUCUCCCAGCAUGCACUCUGUUCUUCGAGCUGUAAAAGCAGGCAUUCCUAUUGGGGCAUACCUGUCGAUCGCCAUGACGACAGUGGGACAUAGCCUGGAGCACUUUUGCACUGAUGGUGUCAGCUUGUUAAAGAGUUUGAUUCAGUCUCGCCACCUGCGAGCUGCUGUGCAUCUUCUGGAUACCAUCCUUCCUCAAAUCUAUCCGCUCAGUUUCUACCUUGUCAACAACUCUCAGUUUGUAAGUUGCAUUCAGUUGUUCUUGCAGUACGACAGCGUAUGUCCUCAGGGUGUGACGCAGCACGUCACACACCGGGUAGCGCCACUCCUCACUGGAACAACCUAUGGAGACAAUGUCCGACUGCUGAACAGUGUUAUUCAGAGCCAUGUGGUUGAGAGUUCGCAGCCCAGUUGCGUUGGCGCUGUAGCCGUGCUGGAGUUUUGGGUGGGGAUUUUGACACAGCAGAACUUGUGGUACCGGGACAAAACUGUGUUGUUCCUCAUGGAUCAGCUGUGCUGUGCUGCAUUCACACAUCAUCAGGAGGAUUGUCUGCUGAAGCUCCUGCACCAACUACAUAAGAAUGCUUUAGGUUACCAUGGAGAUCGAGGUCUGCUCUCCUCUCUGGUUGGCUGGAUUGCUGGAAACGCUACACCUUCUUUCAUAGAGGGCCAAUCACUGAGUGCAGAGGUUUGGUUUGCCUGGGUGGUGCUUCAUAUGGAAGGCACAUUUGAGGAAGACUCUCAGCUCAGGCGCUGUGUUGAAAAUGAGCUUCUGUCAGAACCCAAUAUCUCUCCAGAACAAGCCUUGAAGAGGGCCCAGCAGAGGCUGAAGUUGCCAGUCACCCCAUCUUUGCAGCGACUACAAGUGUACCGUUGGGCCUGGCAGGCUUUAGCCACGCCCCCUGACCACCCCCUGGUACCGUUGGUUUGGCAGAAGUUCCUCCAGCUGUACCUCAGGCAGCCUGGUCCCGAUUAUGGAAUGGCUGCAGCUGGAUGCAUUGGACGGCGAUUCUUCCAAGCUUCCUCUCAAGCCGCUUUGCUCCAAGAUUUGAGACAGAGAAUCCAAACCAUAUCUGAUUUCCACCACGCUGCCAGCCAGGCCCUGAAAGUGCCCCCGACACGCACGGCCUCAGCGGACCACCAAGACAACCAACAUCCCGGCAGCCCCUCACGCUCUUACCUCACCUCACCUGAGUUACACACAGAGUUAGUCAGGUUGUUUGGUGUUUUUGCUGUGUGGCUGGAUGAUGAAACUCUUCAGAAGCAGGAAGUUUAUCUUCCCUCACUUCCUCCCGAAUAUGAACCACACAGACUUGCACAGGUUAUGCAGCAGCAACAGGAACUGUGGCUGGAGUAUGUGGACCAAGAGCGUCUGCAGUAUGACAAGAAAGAGGUUCUGUCCCUGUGGGAGAAGGUGCAGAGCGAGCCAUUUUUCCUUCAAAGCCAAAACUCCAACUUCACGGACUAUACACGUCUCAGCAAUGCAAAGGAGCGCAUCCAGUCCAACUUGAAGAAGCAUCCAAUUCCACGUCCACCUCCUGAGCUCAAACACAUGAAAUCCCCAGUGGCAGAAGUUCCCAACGUAUGUCUCUCUGACUCCAAAGCUGCCGCUGAACUGCUGCAGCGGGACCUCAGCGUACUGCAGGACCAAGCCAGGAUUGCAGUAUCACGUGAAGCCCAGCAAGUGGCGAUGGAACAGGAGCUUCUGGAGACUCUUCCUUUGCUUUACAAGAACCGCCCAGAGCAAGUGACCAUGACCCUUGAAUGUAAAGGCAGGGGAGGGCAGCCAUGCCAGGGUCCAGCUAACAUCACCGUCACGUGUGAAUGUGUCCAACGACAAGAGGCAGUGCAAACUCAAAUAACGUCAGUGAGAAGGGACAUCAAGAACCUUCAAACUGAUGCCAUGGCUCCACCACCUCAAAGCCUGGCUGAAGCUGCUGUCCAUACAGAGAACUUUAUCACAGCUCUGGUGAACAUGUACAAAUCACAAAAAUCCCCAUCAGUGCAGCAAGUUGGCGUGUCAGCCUUCUAUCAGGUGGUCACUUACGUGUGUGAAGACACACUACGUCAUCCACCGACACGCCAAUAUCUCUCCUCAUGUGUGGAGAUACUAGGACAGGUGUUCAUCCAGGGCAACGCUGAAGAAUGCAGCCGCGUGCUGAAGACCAUCUUGGAGCAAAGACGUCUUUGCCCUCUCAUAUCUCCUUUUUUCACGCCUAAUGCAGCCCCUGCCCAGCUGGUCUUCCUCUACCAAGAUGUGGUGACAUCACUACACCUUGAUAGCGCAGAUGUCAUUUUUAUGCUGCUCACCAAGUUUGAUUUGUCGGCCUGGCUGAAUGAUGCACAUCCCGUCUUUCCCGAGCGGACCCGUUUGCUAGAGCUAAUCCACGGCGGUCUUUGUGUCUGCGGCCGAGAUCCCGAAUCGGAACUUCUCACCCCUUUUCACCUUUUCACCAAACACUGGACCUCACUUUUACGCUACCGCUUCCCAGACCACUACAGCGAUUGUCUGCGUCUGCUCUUGACCAGCUCCUCAAACCAGUUACUGAGUCCAGAAUGCUGGAAGGUGACAAUGCGAGUGCUCGGCUGCACACCUCCAACCCGCGGCGGCAAAAACAAACCCGCCCAAAGUUUCGGUGGCGACAUCUCUGCCCGCGCUUCGGCAUCGCCUGGUUCUCCACACAGAUCACCAAUCACCCUUUCUCCUCAGCAGGUGGAUGAGACAAUAGAUUGGCUCAGCGAUUAUUUCUUGCGCAGUCGUCUCAGCAAGCCUGACCUGCGUAGUUUUGGCCUAUACUCUGCCUGGUCUCCUUACAUCACUGAGGUUGUUUCUUUCUGGGACUACUUGGUCAGCUGUCUAAGCAGCGUGUCACUCAGCAAUUGUGCCAGAGACUCAGUGGGCAGCAAUAGAACAUUGAAAAGUCUUCAUGACUUGCACGGUAAAAUUGUGAAGUUAUUCAAGCCUUGGAUCUUCCCCCUGAACACUGAAGAUGGAAGCAAUCUCAAGUGCUAUCCAUGGCUGGAGACGGAUGCAGCUGAAGCAGGAUGUCUGGUCGGCCUCUAUGCUCAAACCACCGACAGACUGCAUCAGAGAUUCAAAGACCGCCUAUUGCCCGGCCAGAGAGGUGCCCUGUGGCUUAGUGUGAUGCAGUACACUGAGAGCUGCACCUCUCCACGGACACCAGAGUACCUGUUGUACCUGCACCACUCUCACCUGCGCAACCUGCCGUGGAGAUACUUGCAUCCUGACACGCUGCUUAUGGAGAAGCUCUUCAAUGUGGAGAGAGGAAGUCCCAAAAGCUGCUUUUUGUUUAUGGGGGAGAUUCUAUGUGAAGUCAACUGGAUCAGCGUCCUCAGCAACCACUUACACCCACCCACAGAAUCCGUAAGCCUUCAGUCCAGUGUGGACGUUCAGAAGAAGGAAUCGCACACCAUGCUAGUGUAUCUGUUAUACAUGCUGGUUUUUCUGGCAAAAGAGGAGCCGCUCCUCAGCCAACAGGACUCCCCGCUUCUCAAUCUGUUGAUCCAAUGCACAUCGUUGCCUUGGCACCAGCUGGAUCUGUCAUCCUACCAAGGGGUUCUGGGAUAUGUCAACACUCACUACACUCCCUCGCUGCUUCUUAACACAGAUUCUGCAUCUCAGUUGUUGCUGAAAUCACUGCGUAGUGCUGCUGGACUUCACCCCUGCCCUUUUGAAGCCGCUCACACGGAGGAGACGCAGAAGGCAGUCGCGUACGUGUGCUGGUGUGUGCAGUGUUUAAUGGCUCUGGAGCAAGCGGGCAGCAUUAGUGUGAGCAUCCUGGAGACACAGCUGGAGACUCUGUUGGAAAGCAUCGUCACGUUCAGCCCACCAGAAAUGGGUUUGGAGCAGAGGCACAUGGCAUUCUGCAGCCUUUUCAGCGCGGCACUGGCUGUGCUCAAUGGAGUCGGCGUCCCUGCAGGCGAAGCCCUCGCAGUUCGUGUCAUCACCUGGUUGGACAAGAAGGGGAGGGGCUUUCCAAUUCUGCCUCUCCUCACUGCUUGCUCCAACUGUCUGGCCUCAGUGAGUCACAUGACACGAAUCAUGGAGGCGUGUAUCACAGCCCACUUUAAUCACGCUGACGACGAGUGUGUUGGCUGGGGUCCCGUGCUGGCAUCGCUGCAAGUGCCCGAGCUCACAGUGGAAGACUUUCUCUCCGAGAGCCAAUCAGGAGGCAGCUUCCUCACGCUCUAUGCCUUCAUUCUGCAGCGCCUUAACGCCGAACACACGGCAGCCAAUGAGAGGAAGACCCUGGCUCUAAUCAACACAUGGACCAAUCAGGUUCUUCCCAGUGGGCCAGGUAAUGAAGCCAAGCUGUUUCUGUGGUGGCACAAAGCACUGAAUCUGUCGCUGGAGCAGCUGCAGCCUCAAGCGGGCCACGGUGAAUUACCGGGGGUGGUCACGGGUCUGUUGAGGUUGCAAAGCAGGCUGCUUCAGCUCGGAGAAGAAAGACUCAACUCUGGACUACUCUGGGCCAUCGGUCUUGGGAAGAAGUCCCCUGUUUCCAACAAAUUUAGGGUGGUGGUCCGCAGCUUGGCAGCAUUCCUCUCCGUGCAGGUAGCAUCGGAAAAUGAGCUCCGACUUCAGCCUACCACUGACUUGCAACCCUCUGCAAAAGCACAGCAGAUGUUGGCAAUGCUUGAAGCCAUGAUCAGCAAUAAGUACUACGCUGAAUCGGAAAACUCGUUGAAAAAAGCCCUUCAGUUCAUCCGCUACCCAGGUCAUUGUCUCAAAGAUGGACCUCGAUUCCUGGCCCUGCUAACAAAGCUGCUCUACCCUGACCUCAGAUACUUGCACAUUAUGCAUUGACAUAGACCUGGACACAAAUGCUGCCUGAUGGGAGGACAUAUUUUUGGAGGGGGACACAGAGCACAAGGAUCCAGAAAUUGGGAUUGCUGUUAAGUGGCCUUCGUCCCAAACAUCCCUUUUAUUUGCACCCCUUUGAUUGCACUUAGUUCCUCUUCUCCAGACUUUUUCAUCUUAUAGUGACUCAUCUAUUGAUUAUCAUGGAGUAUUUAUUGAAGCAAGAUCACAAUUCAAGAUACUUUCAAAAGGAGAUCUAACAAGAAAACACAGAAAGAAGAAACUGAAGGACAUAGCAAACAAAAAUAUUUUUGGGAGAAAACCCACAAAGUAGAGCCUUGGUUACAUUUCACACAAAAGACUGCUUCCUUUUUGAAGUAUGUUGAACCAAAAGUGCUUUCUAAAAAUAUUAAUGGCCACACUGAAAAGAAACAAAAGUGUGAAAGAAAAAAGCCCGAGUGUUCUACGAAUAAAGUUGUAAUGUUACAGGAAAGUAUUAUAUUUUACAUUACUACUUGUGGAGUAUUCCUGGCCAAGGUAUAAACCUAUUAAGACAUGGAUUGUUGAUAUUACAUUUUAAUUAGGCUUUCACAAAUAAUAAAACCCAAUCAGCAUCAUCAUUAUACUUUCAAUACGAUUGUGUGAUUACACAUCUAAACUUGGGAAUUAACUGCACGUGCAUGCUAUCCAAUGAAUACAUGUGGCAGAUAUUGGGAGAGUCUAUGUGGGAAUUUGUUCAUAAAAUUAGGAAUUGUAUUGUAAUUUUUUUUCUUCUGGAAAAGAUUUUUUUCCCUCAUACUUUUUCUUAACAUUUACUAGAUUUUUCUUUUCAUUGUGGUUGUAGUACUCCUUGAUAGCUUUUUUCCAUUACAGACAAAAAUCAUACAUGCGCACACAAAUGGUGUUAUGUAAGUUUAGAUUUACACAUUUAUUUUUCUUAUGUUCCCAUUUCACAAUGUGUGUCAUGCGGUGGCUGUUAAUGCAUUUCUUUGUAUGCGUCGGUGAUAGGAAAGGAACCAACGAGGACCGAACGUCUUCAGUGUUGGGUAGAGAAAGCAGGAACAAUCCUUGCAUGUCAAGAGAGAAAGCAUAUUGUUUUUUCCAGGAGCAACCCUGGUGGUGUCCAAACUGCAAAAUAAAUCAUCUUUGUAUAAGAAA